AUGUAUUGGACCUUGCACACCGAAGGCGGUCCCAGAAGGGUUAAUCAUGCUGCAGUAUGUGUUGGAGACAAAAUAUACUCCUUUGGCGGCUAUUGUUCUGUGGAAGACUAUCGCGUCUUUGAGCCAAUUUCUGUUCAUGUACUCGAUAUAACAGUAUUCAAAUGGUCCCCUGUUGAAUAUAAAAACGCAUCUGAUGCCCCAUUUCAAAGAUACGGACAUUCAUGUGUUGGUUAUGGCGACAAGAUUUAUAUGUGGGGUGGACGGAACGAUACAAUCGCAUGUUAUACAGUCUUCUGCUUCGACACAAAAACUUUAGAGUGGAGUAAUCCAACGGUCACUGGAGUAAUGCCAAAUGGAAAAGAUGGACACUCCGCCUGUAUCAUCGGAAAUAAGAUGUACAUAUUUGGAGGCUUUGAUUAUCUCACAGAUCAAUACACAAAUAAUAUGCACUACUUGAACCUAGAUACCAUGGAUUGGAGUUAUGUGCAUGCUAAAGGAACACCUCCAUUGGGCCGUGAUUUUCAUACAGCAUUGGCAUAUGGUGAUCGAAUGUACAUCUUUGGUGGUCGAGCUGACUUUAGUAGACCACAUAUCAUAGAAAAUGAGAUCUACUGUGAUAAUGUUUACUAUUUCAAUACUACAACAGAAACCUGGGUGAUGUUGAACACUAGUGGAAUAUCACCUGAUGGAAGGCGAAGCCAUUCUGGAUGGAUAUACAAUGAUUUCAUGUACAUUUUUGGUGGAUACAAUGAAAAAACGAAGGUUCAUUACAAUGAUGUGUACAGAUUUUCAUUGAAAAGAAAUUAUUGGGAGCCAGUGAAAAUUGGUGGAACUCCCCCAAGUAAGAGAAGGAGGCAGGUCUGCAUAUUGAAAGAGGACAAAGUGUACCUUUUUGGAGGAACUAGUCCAGGGAAACAUCCUCUAAACCCAGAUGACAGCAGUGAUGAUGAUGAUGAGAAACUACUUGAUAACAAUGAUCUCCAUAUAUUAGACUAUAAUCCCACUCUCAAAGUAUUGUGUAUCAACUAUGUCUUAGAAAAUAACCUGGAUAUAUCUUUGCUGCCAAAGGAUGUACUCAUCGACAUCAGGAUAAUGACACAACCGAAUCGAAUUAGCAGACCCAUCAAUCAGACCGGAUAA